CACGGCCGUCGACCCUCAACAACAUUUUACUGUUGUAUCAAUCCUCACCGACAACACCCGUCCUUUUCUCCUUAUUUCUUCUUUACUCAUUUGGUAUUUAUAUAUGCUAUUCUUUACUUCACAUGAAUCUCUGACUUCUUCACCCCGAUCAGCCCGUGGCCGGUCCCCCUUUUGAAUUUUGACUUCCCACUCAUUUUCCCCCGCGCAAGGAAUGAACAGUUUCGAAUCCAUACCUUCUUCAACAUCGUGCUCCUCCCAGUCACAGCGUGCGAGCGCAGACCAGUCGAUAAACCCUAUAGAACCUCCUAUAGCCAACUCCUUCGCGAGCUGAUCUGCGUUCUCACCCGCUGCUGAUAUGGCUCCUUCCACCGCGACCUCGGCGAAGAAGCCCGCCACCGCACCCGAGCGGAAAUACAAAUGUCAGUUCUGUAACCGUGCCUUUAGUCGGAGCGAACAUCGUAGUAGACAUGAACGUUCCCACACAAAAGAGCGCCCGUUCAAAUGUCUAAAGUGUCGAAGCACUUUCGUCCGACGAGACCUGCUGCUCCGCCAUGACCGCACAGUACAUGCAAAGGAUGGUGGCAUACCUUUAGUGGCAGAGGGUCGUCGGCGUGGACAGAAAGCGGCCAAUAAUGCUUCUAAUUCGAACUCCAAUUCGAAUUCCACUCCCGCAGCAGCACCAGCAGCAACGGCAGGGCCAUCAAAACCAUCAAUCACGAUAGAUCCCGCAGCCUUGGAGCAGAUUGAAGCGAGCAGCGAUGGCAUGGUUGAUCUGGAGACGGCAGCGAUGUUGAUGACUGAUUUCCAACACAAGGCAGCGGCCACGGUUUCCCAGGGUCUCGGGGGAGAGACUUCGGAUCCUGCAUACUCUCCUGAUCAUGGCGUGGUACUGGAACCGUCGGUGGGAUACCUACCAGGAAACGCAACUUUACCACAGAUGCCUUGGGAUUCCUUUAUGACACCCUCCGAAGUCAAGCCACACUCCAUGGUUCAGGAUUCAAAGCAUCGGUUUUCGGGCUCCCACAGUCAUCAAAGCCAACUCGCUUCCUCAAGCAAUGCAGCCUCAGAACCCUUAGCCCCAGCUUUGCAUUCUCUGGUCAGCUCGCUUCCGGUAUCCGGUAAUUCGACUCCAAACGCUCUUUCCCCUUAUCCUUCGAUGACUGGUCCCGUGUCUCCAGUAAAUUAUCGUCGGUCUCCAGGCCCAAGCCAGAUCUUGACUCAACCAAAGCCACCUCAGAUAUCGAGCGACGCAGAGCGAAACAUCAUUAUUGAACAUGUCAGGGCCAGCGAUGCGCUCGGGGCUCUACCUGAAACAUUCCAACUGCCAACCACCACAGCCAUGAAUCGGUAUCUGUCGACGUAUUUCAACAUGUACCAUCACCAUCUUCCUUUCUUACAUCAAGGUUCUUUCUCUCCAAAGGAUUCGUCGGCGCCGUUGCUCCUUGCUGUUCUAUCCAUAGGAGCCUUGUAUACGUUCGAAAAGGAGCCCGCUUUCAUGCUGCACAUCGGAUCCAAGGUGCUCGUUAACCAGUUCUUGCAACAUAAGGAAAACUUCGAUUCGAGGAAAUGCCCCCUAUGGGCCAUGCAAAGUACCUUGUUGAACAUGAUCUUCGAAAGCUGGAGCGGUGACCCCAAGGGACUUGAAUGGACAUGCUCGAUAAAGAGCUUGCUUGCCAAUAUGGUGGCGGGCAAUCGAUAUCAGCUGAAGCUUCGUAUGGAUGCACGAGGAGGCGCUCUUCCAACCCACGAUGAAUGGGUAGAAGACGAAGGUUGUCGUCGUACUUACUAUGCUGUUUACGUGUUUUUUGGCAUGUUGACACUUACCUUCAAUCACACACCAGCCAUGAGUUUCGACGAAUUCGAUACAUUGGAACUUCCUUCGUCGGAGUCGUUGUGGAAUCUCGAAAUAUCGGAUAAUUAUACAUGGCGACGUGCGCUGUCAGCUUAUCAUCCGGUGUCCUCACGAGAAGCGCAUGACAGCUUAUUCCGUGGUGAAACGGUUAGAUACAGCGCGUUUGCUACACGAAUUUUGAUAAAUGCGCUCUUCUUGGAGGUGUGGUAUCACAAACGCAGCAUCGAGGCGCUCCAAGAUGUGGUCAUGGGAUACAAGCUUCGGCUUGCUCUUGACACCUGGGAGAACUCGCUCGAUAUUUGCGAGCCAGAGACCAUCGUCGUUCCGGUCAGUACUCCACAGAAGGGUCAUCCACUGAUUUUCAACUCGAUGGCUGUUUAUCGUAACACGCGGGCCCGCCUGGAAGUCGACCUGAAAUCCAUCCAGGAAGCCCUUCGAUAUCAUUCUUCUUACGAAGUUGCCGCUGCCAUGACCGUCGCUCGUGAUAAGGUUAAGAGAUCCCAGGAAAUGAACAAGGUCAUCCAGCAAUGUUUUGAAUGCAUUGAAAUAGCUGCGAUUCAAGGCCUGAAUUGGGUUGCCACAGCUUCGGCAACAAACUGGAGUGUGGAACACCCAUUGUGCGGUAUGGAUUUGAUGGUUACACUGAGUCUCUGGCUGUACCGCCUGGAACAUGAUGAAGAACCGGCAAGUGAUGGUGAACUUGUGCUCUACAACAAGAUUCGAAAUCUGUUUAGCAACGAUUCAGUGGAGACUUACGGAUCUCAGCUCUGCUCGACCGUUGCGCGGGUGUGGGGUAACAUACUGGAUGGUGUAGUGGUGUGGGGUAUCACCAAACUCAUGGGAGAAGCAUUUAAGCUUCACGCUCAGGCAUUGGUUGGCUACGAAGACUCAACUAUGACAGUUUCCGAACAUCCAUUGGAGCCGAUGCCGACCAAAGGCCUCGCGAGCGUAGGAACCGCCUACUAAUUCGCAGCGAACCGCCGAUCGUGGCGUCGGAAUUGAUUUUCUUUUCACUGAUUUAUCCUCCCUCUCAUCUUCAAUAUAUACUGGCGGGGCUUUAAAGAGCGGCGUUUUAUGGGCUUUCGGUGCUUUGGGCGUGAAAUUCCUCUAGCAUUUGAGCAGCAUUAAUAUUUUUUUUUCUCCCUUUUCCUAUUGCAAGCAUUGUUACACGUCGUUUACGGUAUUUUCGUCGCCUCCGUUGAUGUCAUUGAGUUUCUGACGCGUUCGGGAUACCGGAAUUUGUGGAAAGGUUUCUGGGAAAGACUGGCACGGGAAGGCGGCACGGUGCUUUUCUGUCGGGAUGUUUUCCUCGUUUGCAACGCUUUCCUUUCCGCUGAGCAUCUGGGAUUUGAUUUCUCGCUCUCCUUAGCUUCUGCUGCUUUGUUGGUUCAUAAAAUCUGUUUCUUUCUCCUUUUCGUCUUCUUCACCUUUUUCUUCUUAAUAUGUCUUGAUUUGUUUUCUUACUGGUCCUUUGAAAGAGAGAGCACACAGGAGUCCGGUCUGGUUGCGUUGAUUGUGUUGAUGGGUUGUUAACAAGGGCAACACCCCUACACCAGCUGGUCCUGAGUGUUUCCUCGAAUCCUGGCUGCUUUUUAAAGCUCCCCCCGGACUGCUUAAUCUUUAGUGCUUCUUUUGCUUUUGAAUUCCUUUGCAUAAUGCCUUCUUCCACUCUGCUCACACGGGCCGAGUCAUUUGUCAAGAUUGCGUUUUGUUGCUGCUCUGCAUAUUAUUAGUUCUGCUUUUGUUUAUCCUCUUCAUUUUAGCGGCCUUAUUAUUCCGUCGAUCUAAUUCUGUUAAUUUCGCCUUUAUCGGGAUAUUUUGACAUCGUCACUCCUUCUUUUCCUGACGUCUUUACCUGUGCUAGUUUGACUUCUGAUCAUCGAGUGUUUAUUGUGUCGUUGUGAUUUUUGCAUUCUCUAGAUCCUGUUCGGUCGCCCGUUAGCACUCGAUACUUCUGAUUUCGCAGCUUAUAUCCCCUUCUGUUCCAGGGCUCUUCUUCGCUUAAUUCCGAUGCUGUCUGCCGAGCCCUAUUCUUAGUUUCGUGUCUAUACAUGCGUUUUUGAAUCGAACUUGCCUCUUUUUAUUUUUGUCUCUGUGAGUGUGUUUUUAACGCUUUUGUGUCUUUUUACGUGACUCUCCGCUGAUCUGCUUAAUCAAUUUGAUAGCGAACUCUUUUUUAAUCUUCUUUUCGUCCGCUUCUUGCAGUGUACAAUAUCGCCCAGGUUUCUCCGACGUUAUCGAGCAUGCUAUAGGGGUUUGGUUUCC